ACUCGGAGUGGGACUUAAACAUAAAAACCUUGAAGUGUCUCUUUCUUUUGAUACAACUGGGAAUAUAUCUACUUGGAGCAUUUGGAUUCUGACUUUCAGCAAGAUUUCGGGGAUGGUUGUUUUAGCUGUGGGUGCUGGACCUUGUUGAGGAGGUGGUCUUCAGACAAACUUUUCACUGUAUGCCGGGUGCUGAAACACACUACGGGAAAUCGUGUGUUUGUCUGUGCAUUUCUAUAAAGACUUGGAGGGAAUAAGAGAGAGACACACACACAGAAGAGAAAGAAAACUGUCAGACACUACAAGAGGACACACACACUCAUUUAAAACCCUGUGGUCUUUCUCUCCAGGCCUUUUCAUGGUGACAGAAGGAGGAGAGAUGUCGAGGCCUCCCUCCUCUCAGACCACCCCUCAGUUCUACAGGGUCAGCGACAGAGACCUCACCGAGAUUGAGCUACAUUCCGUGGACUCCAUAAACGACCUCCACCGCAUCCACCCCGAGCACAGCCACAAAGGAAUGAGGCCACCUCGUCCGCUGUCUCACCCCCCCUCCCCCAAUGGGAACCUUUAUUUCACGCAAGGCGCGGCUGCUGUCAAUCAAAGGGCACAUCCGAUCAACAGGAAAUGGCAGAGUCGUCUGCAGGAUAUGGUGACACCCAGCUCGACGCGUAGUACCAAAGCAAUGGGCUGCGCCAUCAUCUCUCUGCUGCUGCUCACGGCGAUGCUCAUUCUCUGCUUUAUAGUCCAGCAGGGCGGCGCCCUACAAAUGCUGACUGAAGCAGUGAGGGAGAAACAGGUUGUUUCCACAGAGAUAUCGCAACUGAUGCAGGAGCUCCUGGCAAUAAGACACAACUUGACAGUCUUGAGAGGGGAACCUUGAAGAAGAUGCAUCCAAUACAACUAAAUGUACAGCCCUGAGGCCCACAUCCAAAUGUCUGCGUACACACUGCAAUACAAUAUGCACACAAGACACAAAUGGUCUCUGAGUGCGUAAAUGUAGCAGUGCAUUGCUCAACCAUACCUCAGGCUAUGUUUGGGCUCUGUUCUUACUUUUCUCUUUCUGCUGUCGCCUCAUGCUGUACUCUCUCUGCUCUUUUCUUGUACCACUUAAAUACACUGCUCAAACAAAUAAAGGGAACACCUAAAAACACAAUAUAGACCUCGAUGAAUGAAAUAUUUGGUGGUCCUCAUUCCACCUGGUGGAAAUUAGACAAUUUACCAACAGGUGAAACUGAUUCACAAAUCAGUGUUGCUUCCUAACUGGACAGGUUGAUAUCUCAAAAGUGUGAUUGACUUGGAGCUACAUUGCAUUGCUUAUGUGUUCCCUUUAUUUUUUUGAGCAGUGUAUAUAUUUCCACCUGAUUUUGGUAGUGAAGGAAGGAGAGGGGUCAAAAUACACUCACCUUGACCGCUGUUCACACACUAGGAAUAUGCUUUGGAUGUGCUCACAUCCUAAAUAUACAAGUCAUAAUACACUGAGACUCUUGGGCACAGCACUCUAGGGUGAGAAAACUGCAUGCCAUUGACAAAUUAAACUCACAGUGAAUAGGGUUUUGAUCAAGCAAACUAAGACAAAAAAUAAAACUUUUUUAAACAUGUAUUUGCUGGCCUGUAUGUGUCCCUGUUGUGUGUAUGCUAAAAAAAACUGUCAUGUAUGUUUGUGGGUAUGUAUGCCUAAAAGGUGAGCACGUGCAUUAGUGAAAUAGGCCAAAAUGCUGGUUAAAUCCCAUAGGUUCUCUUAACCAACAAGCUCAGCCACCCAUAAACAGCACGUCUCUUUCAAAGUUUUGAAAGGAUAGUGUCCAUUUGAAAUCAGGUCAGUAACAAUUCAUAAAUUGUGUUUUAAAGUAAGAUUAAGAAUGAAUAAAAUGUCUACAUUUUAUAGUAGGGAGCUGUCAAUUCAAAGACUGUAAUGUUGGUGACAUUGUUGGAGACUGUGUCUUUAUGCAUGCUAUGUAAUCCAGGUAA